AUAAAUAGUAUGAUGAGCUGCAUGCUUGACUUUUAAUUAAAGACUAUUUUCCAGCAACGUUCGAUCUGUGACUUCUCCAACCAACCCAUCUAAUAUUAUCCAACCUGUUCACAAUGGCUGCAACUUUAGGCAAGUAUGUUUCGAAGCUCGCGGGCGCACGGUGCCUAGUCAUCGGUGGAUCCUCCGGAAUCGGUUUCGGUGUUGCUGAAGCCCUCAUCCAGAACGGCGCUUCCUCUGUCACUAUCUCGUCCUCCUCAACCGCCAAGAUUUCCAGCGCCUUAGAGCGCCUCAAGAGCGGAAACGCCUCUUCCACAGCUCAGAUCCAAGGUUUCCCAUGCGACCUGGGUUCCCCAGAAACGCUCACCUCGGAGGUCGAGAAGCUCUUCGCCGAGGUUGCCAAGGCUGGAAAGCUUGACCACGUCGUCUUCACAGCUGGCGAUGCUCUGGCGGUCGGCAAACUUGAAGACUUCAAGCUCGAUGCCGUCAGGCAGGCUGGUACUGUGCGCUUCUUUGCCCCACUCGUUGUUGCGCAACAACUUCGCAAGCACUUGAAUGACGGCCCCGCGGCAUCAUACACCAUCACCACUGGCGGCGCAUCGGAGCAUGUUUCAAAAGACUGGACCGUCAUGCAGGCAUAUCUAUCCGGCCUCCGUGGCAUGACCAGAGGCUUAGCCGUCGAUCUGGCGCCCAUUAGAGUCAAUGCGGUCGGAUUAGGACCAGUUGAGACGGAGAUUUGGAAUCACGUGAAGGAGAUUGGCUACUGGGACAACGUGACAGGUCGUCUCAAGGGAAGGAUGACCACCGGACAAAUCGGUCAAGUCGAAGACGUGGUGGAGGCAUAUUUGUACCUGAUGAGGGAUAAGAACGUUUCGGGAAGCGUUAUUGAGAGUACUGGGGGCACUCUGCUGUCAUAGCUACAUAUAUAGUUGAAGGGGUGUAGGGCCAUUUAGAUUCAGGUCUAGUCGCCAAUAUAGAGCAAUGUAGCAUAAAGAAGUGUCACACUGUAUCUUAAAGCC